AUGUAUAUAAUUUAAAUAGGCUUAAUUGCCUCAUUUCUCAUUGGAAAUAGCUUAUAAACGAAUCGUAUUCGUAGUCAUCCUAAUUACACGUAUUCAGUUAAUGAAGAACUAUUGUCAUUUAAAUUUGCAACAUCAGAGGCUCACGUUAAAUUGUUAAGGUUCAAAAUUAACCCUACUAUUUAUGAUAUCGAUGUAUUUAGAAAUGAUGGAGAUACUCUUGGCGAGCAGAUAGAAACCCCAUUCCUUAGUUUGGAUAAUUAGUAUCUCGAUGAACAAUAAUUAGAUAAUGAUUGUGUCGGAUUACCCAAACAUCCCAAAUUGAAUGAAAUACUCAGUGUCAACUUAUUGGAUAACACCUUAGACAUCUAUUACACAGACAUAUUGUCGUUGCCUUAGGUGGAAAAGAUAUUUCUGCUGACUGACGAAUUAGAAUUACGACAAGCGAUCUUGAAAUACAAUUAGACUCAAUAGCCACAAUGGAAAGUUGAAGUAAAGAAUACUUCCUUUUCUCUUAAAACCCAGUAUUAACAACAAAUCAACUAUACAAAUGCUUAUUUUGCCUGUUUUAAUAAUAACCAAGAUCAAUGUCUAAUUUUAUCGAACUACGGAGGAAUCUGGCUAGACAAGAAUUCAGAAAUAGAGUAGCCCAUCCUUACAGCUGAGCCAGUCGUCAAAGAAUCUAAAGAUUUGAAUAAGGUAAGUGUUUUUGAACAAUAUCUUGCUUUGGCCAAUGGAAAUGCAGGAGCAGAUUUGUAUCGUUACUAAGAUAAUAAACUCCAAUAUCUUUUAAGAAUUAGUUCUAAAGAUUUGAAUCAAACUUCCAUCAAUAUCAUUUCUCUAAAGUUAACUAAGAAUAGAUUGAGUAUUUUAGAUGAACACACUGGUCUCUACAUCUUCGAUAUAAUUGAUUCCUAAGUGUCAUUAUUGCUCAGUCUCCCUUAUUAAAGAUGUGUAGCAUUCGAUCACAGCGAUAAUACCUAUUUGUUAGUUGCUGAAACUCCCAAUAAUAUAGAAUACAUGAUGGAGAUUUUCAUAUUGCCACUCACCAAAGAAUACUACAUAAAUAGAAUAUAUGUUGAUGACUUCUCAUUUAGAGAUAUCUAAAUUGAUGAUGACUAUGCUAUCAUUAUUGGAGAGGAUGUACACUUAGUUAUUAGACAUUCAAUAUUCAAUGGCUUUAUGAAAAAUAAUACUGAUCUUGUUAAGACCUUCUUUGAAGAUGAACUUAUUCGUUUUGAAUACUUAGAAUUGAAUCAGACCAUCCAAACUUAAUAUGUUGAAACAUCUUAUUAUAUUGGACUAUCGAAGGGAUCAUUACACAUCUGGAGAUUCAACGAUUUUAAUCCAGUAGUUAUUUGCAGAUUCUAAUAUGGCACCACUCAAAACUACACUAUUAGAGCCAACUCUUCAAAAUGCGAGAAUCACACUAACUAAGAUUUGUUUGAAUAGUGUCAAAUUACUCAAUAAAUAGUCAUCCAAGCAUCAGGACCCCUAUUGGAAUCAGAUUCAAAUUAUCUAAUAAUUGGAGUAUGCGUUUCUGCUGCUAUUAUUAUUUUGGUCAUUCUAGGUUUAUUGUGCAGAAAAGGAAGAGCGUUGGCCAAGAAGAUAUAGGAGUUAAAGAAAUAGGCAGAAGAGUUAAAAAAGUAUGGGGCAUUGGAAGCAGAAUAACAAUCGAUGGGUCAUUGAAUAUCAUCAAGUACAAAAUUUAUUAAUUUUAUUUCUACUUAAAAAA